ACUCAAAACCCAAAAUCUCUUCCUCUCUCUUUCCUUUCGAGAAUCUUUCAAACUCAAACAAAAUUAAUCUCUCUUUCCUUUAAAAACAUGUGGAAAUUAAUGGGUUCCUCCCAAUUUUCUAAACCAGUAGCUCGUCUUCUUGUUCUUCUUCAAUUUCUCUUGACAAGUAAUGUGUGUAUUGGAGCAAAAAAGCUGACGUCACUGUACCAACCUCCACCCAUGGCUCUGACCUAUCAUGGUGGCACUUUGCUCCAAGGAGACCUCCCAGUCUCUAUACUCUGGUAUGGAAACUUCUCACCAGCCCAGAAAUCCACUGUGGCAGACUUUCUUCUCUCCCUUAAAAACAACCCUCACAAAAAUCAAAAGACAGCUAAACCUUCAGUCACUCAAUGGUGGAACUCAGUCGAAACCUACAUGAAAAAAGCCGGCCAAAAACCAACCCAUGUUUUUCUUUCUACCCAACUCUCAGACCACAACUGCUCUCUGGGAAAAACCCUAAAAAAAUCUCAAAUCUCCGAGUUGGCCCACCGGGUCAACUCGCCCAACUCGGGUGGAUUGUCACUUGUACUCACUGCCCCAGAUGUAGCGGUCGAAGGGUUUUGCAUGAGCAACUGCGGGUUUCACGACUCGAACCGGAAGUCGAACUCGGUUUUCAUCUGGGUCGGGAACUCGGCAACUCAGUGCCCGGGUCAGUGCGCGUGGCCAUUCCACCAACCCAUCUACGGACCACAAACCCCGCCGUUGGUUGCACCCAAUGCUGACGUGGGGGUGGAUGGCAUGGUGGUAAAUAUCGCUACUCUUUUGGCGGGAACAGUGACAAAUCCGUUUGCAAACGGGUACUACCUCGGGUUAGCAGAGGCGCCGCUAGAGGUGGCCUCCGCUUGUACCGGGGUGUAUGGAAAGGGGGCGUACCCGGGUUACGCGGGGGAGCUGCUGGUGGACUCGAGCAGUGGCGCGAGCUACAAUGCGGUGGGCGUGAAUGGGAGGAAGUACCUCUUGCCUGCUUUGUUUGAUCCUUUUACUUCUCAGUGUGAGACCAUUGUGUGACAGUGUCACACUAGACCCCUUGCUUUUCAUUAUUUCAUAUGCUGAUAAUGUUGAUAUGGUAGCUAGUAAUGUGUAUAUGGGUGUACUUGUAAUAAAAUAAGGUUUGGUAUUUUGUACUA